AUGCAGAUUAAUGUUCGAGCUGUUGUUCUUCUUACUGAAUUGGCUGCACCACACUUGGUGCAGGCCAAAGGAGCUAUUGUUAAUGUUUCAAGUAUUGUUGCUAUAAAACCAUUUGUACCAGUUUGGUCUUAUUGUAUGUCUAAAGCUGCUCUUGAUAUGUUUACCAAGUGUAUGGCUGGUAAACUGGCUCCUCAUGUUCGAGUAAAUUCAGUUAAUCCAGGAACAACUCGAACAAGCUUUGCCCGAGAUCGACCUGGUGUGGAAGAAGCUUUUAAAUUCAUUGCUCAAGCAUUACCUUUGAAGCGAGUCGGUGAACCAAUAGAUCUUGCCAAUUCGAUAGCUUUCCUCGCAUCUGAUGCUGCAAGAAACAUGACUGGUUCGAUUGUUGUUUCAGACUCUGGCAUGUUAAUUGCUGAUCCUUAUGCUAAAUAA